AUGCCAAAGAAUAUCCCAGUUCCAAAGCACCGUCUCGUGUCUCUCCUUCCUCAACCUCUCCUGCGAUUCUUCUCCCGCUAUCCACCAUUACAGCCUCUCCCGGCAGAUAAACCCCACCCUUUCGAAUUCCACAUCAACCCCUUAUCUGGCAACCGCAAUGACCCAGUCUACUCCCGGAGACGGCAAGCCGAUUUGGUCAAUAAGGCGAGGCCAUUUGGCUUGGAUGGUAUCCUGAAGGAGAUGGGUGCGCUCCGUGACAUGGGAAGCAGCAAGCCCAUGAAGGGUCUGAUCAAGUGGAAGCGUCACAAGUCUGAGAGAACAUAUAAGUCUAAAAUGAAGAAGCGGGCGGAUGCUCUUGAGGGUAUGGCUGAGAAGAUCAAGGCCUGGAACCCAGCGAAGGCGGAAGGAAAAGCACAACGUUUGGCAGAGAAGGAAGCAAACAUCAAGGCGGCAACCAGGGAAUAG